GAUCAACUCGCCAGUCCGGGCUUCACCAAGUAUACCUGGCUCGAGAAGUUGGCGCAAUCAGGACCCGGGCAAGCCAUGAAGCAGAAGGCGCUGGAAGCUGUGGCAGGAACCACCCGGGCAAGCAUGCACGAGGCAUGCGGCCACCAAUGUGAAGGCUUCGAUUACGGGCACUUCUUUAUGUCUUAUGCAACCUGCUACGCUCACUCCCUCUGCACUGCGGGCAGCGCGGGCUUCUUGCCCAUCGGCGCGGACGAGUGCGCGGAGAUGCUUCUCCCCUACCUGCAGAGCCAGAUGUCCAUGUUGGCUGAAACCUACUGCCUGAAAGAACCAGGACAGGACUUCUACUGCCAGGAGCAGCGUGCGAGAUUACACCUCGACAGUCCGUCCUGCUACAGCGACUUCACCCUUGUGGAUGCAGGCAUCAGGCCCGCUAGCUCCAGGCCCCCGACAUGCCAUUCAAGCCCCGAGUGUGUGCAUCUUUGGGAAUCAGAACAACAGCAGCAUCCUCAUUGCACAGGUAAGAUCGCCGAAGUUGCCGAAGAGGUAGCUCGAAACGCUCCCGGCGCUGACGAAGUAGAUAAAGUGCUCACGUUCCAAGACCGGUGUGCUCGAAGCUCUCGAUCCCGGUUUCUGGCUGUUUGA